ACACUCCUCUUCUGUGCGUAAACGCAUAGAGCGCUGGACCUGACUGCGACACAGAGCUCUCAGAUUGGCUGUGAAUUAAUUAAAACAAUUACAUAAAUUAAUUAGCAUAUAAAAGAGCCAAUCAUUUUCAUUUCAAUCACUUUUUAUUGCGCACAAUGGAUAAUGGAAACAUCUGUCAAAUGGAAAUUAGUAACAUUCCCUUAUGGACUAACCAAUGAUCCAUCUUUUGCUGCAAAGGGGACGCACAAUCUUCCGUCAGUGGGAGCUGUUCCUGAGGAUGCUUUGAACUUCAUCAAGGAUUUCUUCCAAUAUCAGAAAACAAUACUCUUGGAUUCAUCUUUGCGCAUUGCGUAAUUGGCAGGGAAAUGCGCUUGUUCGCUAAACAUAAUGUUGGGACCAAUCUCUACUGGAAGGCGUUUAUCGCACCGUGUAUGUUGUGAGCACAGCAGAAGCAAGGAUGAGAGGGUUUAGCAUGGUUUGGAAAGGUCAACAUCAAAUGCUGGUGGCGCUCUGCUGGCUGCUGUUGAUUGUGACGAGGAGCGGAGCAGGUGAGGACGUUUCCAGAUGUGUGGACCAUGCCUGCAGUCCACCCAUUGGAAACCUGGCGAGUGGCAGGACCCUCCUCACCCACUCAAGCUGCUGUGAGAACAGCUCCUCCCACCACAGCCCUUGCCCCCAUCCUCCUGUGACUCCCCACCCCUGCCCCAAGGACACCCACCCAUCUGCUCACAUGACCGAUGACCCUUUCCUGCAUCCAGAUACCUGGUGGGCAUCAGGUGCAGGGUCCACCACACAGGAGCAGCAGGAUGAGAUCCGGUUGGACCUGGAAACACAGUUCUGUCUGUCCCACGUUGUUUUGGUGUUCAGGUCACCGCGGCCUGCUGCCAUGGUCAUCGAGCGCUCAGCUGACUUUGGAAAGACGUGGGAAGCUCUUAAGCUCUUUGCACACAAUUGCAGCGCGGAGUUUGGUUUGCCUGAUGAUUUUACUCAGCCAGGCUCGCUGUGUACAUCUCGGUAUACCAGUGCUACACCCUGCAGAGGGGGGGAGGUCAUAUUACGGACACUAGACCCCAACAGUGCUAAAGCACUGGAUGCUUACAGUCCAGAGGCCCUCGCCCGCCUCACCCUCACUAACCUCCGCAUCAGACUGCUAAAACCUCAGAGCUGUCCGGCACCUCCAAAUCCCCCUGCAGAAUGGACAAGCCACACAGCCUCAGCUCUGACUUCCUUAUCCACCGCAGAAAGCCCAGACUCAGCACCUUAUGCUAUUUAUACUUUACUAGCCAGAGGGACGUGCCUGUGCCAUGGACAUGCUGAGUAUUGUGUACCACACAACAACAGCCAAGACACUAGACAGGACAGCAACAUGGUGUCCGGUAGGUGCCUGUGUACUCACCACACAGCGGGGGAUCACUGUGAGAAGUGUGCUCUGCUCUACAAUGAUCGUCCCUGGAGACCUGCCAACAGCAGCAGCGGGGAGUCCAACCCGUGCCAGAAGUGCCAGUGCCACGGUCACGCAGAUAGCUGUCACUUCUCUCAGCGGGCAUGGCUUUCUUCCGGCGGUACCAGUGGGGGCGUUUGUGAUGACUGCAGACACAACACUGUCGGGCGCAGGUGCCAGCGCUGUCGCCACGGCUACCACCGCCACCCAUCCCUGCCACUCAACUCCCCCCAUGCCUGCACACGCUGCUGGUGUGAUCCACAGGGCUCUUUGCCUCCUCGUGCUGGAGAGGAGGGACACUGGUGCCACCCUAGAAGCGGGCAGUGCCACUGCAAGCCUGGUGUGGGCGGCACAAGCUGCAGCCACUGCCUGCCUGGCUAUUGGGGUUUUGGAGAGGAGGGCUGUAAACCCUGUGUCUGCCCUCACAGCUGUGAUCCAACCACUGGGCAGUGUCUAAGCAGCUACUCAAAUAAUCAAGUGUUCAAUGUGCCCAUUGGUGGAAAAAUCCCUGAUCUGGAUCACAUGUUCACAAUAGAAGAAGAUGUACAGUGGUCGAAGGAGCUUGCAGUCUCUGCUCUGCAUUACACUGGAAAGUGUAGCUGUAAGGAGAGAAAGCUGAGAAGUGCGUCUGACCUCUGUAAGGCCAAACAUGAUUAUGUGAUCAAAGCCAGUGUGCUGUCUGCUCAUGACAAAGGCAGUCACGCAGAAGUGCAGGUCAAAGUUCGCAAGGUCCUUCAAUCAGGCCAAGUGGCGCUCUCCCUGGGGACCAUCAGCAUCUAUCCUCUGUCCUGGACCAGCCGUGGCUGCACCUGUCCUAUCCUUAACCCAGGUAUGGAGUACCUGCUGGCAGGCCCAGAGGAGGCCAGGACAGGCCGUCUGCUGGUUACCAUGCAGAGUGUGGUGGUCCCAUGGACACCCCGACUUGGUCUUCUUGUAUCAGAGGGCCUGAGGAAUGGAUGUCCAUGAACCAUAUGAUCCAAGAAAAGGCGGGGCAGACUUUAGAGGAUUUCACAAGGCAGUUUGAGUCAGUGGACAAUUCAGAAAGGGGACUGAGAAAUCACCGGACAACAUGCCCUGUCACCAGGAAGAAAUGAUCCACGAGUCAAACUCAUCAUCAGUCUGGGUCACAAUAUUGAAGGAAGGUACUCACAAUGUGUGAGCGCUCGACACAAAAUAAAGACUGAAAUAAAUACCUGGAUGUGUUACGAUCUGAGUGAAGAAAUCUCUGAUUCAAUGUUUUAUCUCCUCUUUCGGUUGUACAAAAGAUUACGGUAGCCGUAGCUAUAUAAAAUUAUGCUAUGGGCAAAACUUUUGAAUUUUAGCUCUCUGAAUGUCCGACUGGGUUUCCUAAAGUCCCAUUUUGCUUAUUGUUACUUCACCGGGAUGUUUGAGUUUCACUAUGCCGAGUUAUAUGGAAAUUUAAACUUCCAGGGUCCAAACACUGAGAACGGACCUUUUUUUAGUGAAGUGAGAGACAUCUUGUGUACAGCAGUUAAAACUUUGAGGCACAAAAAAUUGAAUAUUUGUAGAUUUGGGAUUUUUCCACAAGGGAAAAGGAGUAGAUAUAAUUUUGAACAUAUUUAAUUUUUGAGGUAACUGAACUGUUUUGUGGACACAAAAAGACAACUUAUUACACCUAGCAGAGCGUUUUUGUGUCAUAAAACAUAUCUCAAAGGGUUUUUUUAAAUAAUAAAAAUCAAAAAAAUAAUAUAACUUUUCUUAUGGCUAGUAAAUAUAACACAUCUUGAAAGCUCAACCUGUAUAAUUCAGAUUGAAUGAAAUGCUAUGAAACUAUAAUGUUACCAACACAAAGGCAAUGUAAUGAGAUAAGUGAAGAAUGUAAAAUAUGCCAGUGUGGUUCUGACAUGAUACACACGGUUGCAC